CAGGUUCGGCAAAUGAUAGCCUCUUUAUCGAUGCGUUUAUGUAUGAGAGAGCUAUGUUUGUUUUUAACGUGUACCAAAGUGUGUGUGUGUGUGUGUGUGAAGCCGGGCGUACACUGUGUGACUUUUUCACUUUUUUGAGCCGAUUUUCCACUCGUGUGAGAAUCCACGAGCGGGGCGAGUUUUGCGCCGAGCGUCGUGUAGUAUACAGGGGAUUACGAGAGGCGAUUAACACCACGUGACCAGCUACCAAUCAGCCAUCGUGAGCUCGCACAAACUUCUGGCGUGUUUGGAUGUAAAGGAAGAAUGAGGUGUGCUGUAACUUAAAGAGACAAUGUGUAGUUUUUAACCGCUAAUUUCUGGAAAUAUCCAUCAAAAUGUUGUUGAAAAUGAAUGAAAUGAUACCCAGUUGUUGAAAAAUAUUGGCGGCUUUGUAACAUAUAACCAUAAAAAUCAGGUCUAAAAUAUAUGGGGUGGUUCUCAAUGCCAAGGAACCUCGCCUUGAUGCCUUGGCCCCGCUCCAGUUGCCUAGGAGAUAUGUCAUCAGGAACCGCCAAGACGUGUUCCAAUAUUCAUGUUCUACCCAUAGAUAUGUAUGUAUAUAAACAUACAUACAUAUCUAUAUGUUUAUAUACAUUUCUAUGGUUCUACCGAGGGGUGUGAUCUCCAUUUGUUAGCCGUUUAGCUAGCUGAGCAAGGGAGGUGUCUUGUAGCUUAGCCUUGGUCAAAAAUUUCCCAGAAUACACCGUGGUAUUUUCAGAAGGACGGUGGAUCAGAAGCCGGCAGCUACCUCAGGGUUAAAUUUCAAGUUUAAAAGUAAGUCAACUAAUUAAAAAUUUUUCUUAGAUCCAAAGAAGUUAUCUAUGGUUUGUUAGUUGCUCAGUAGUUGCAGCUUUGGUAGCUAGCAGGUAGUAACUCGCUUACAUAUUUAAUUUAACAAAAAUAUACACAAUUUAAAAAGUAAAAGGCUCGUUAUAUAUUUAUAUUGAAACUUAAAAGUAUAAAAUAUAACGUUAUCUCCCAUGUCACGUUACGUGACGUUACGUGACCGUGGCUUCCGCGGUGAUGUAAGUCUGUUCCAUUUAACAGUUUUCUUUGACCAAGGAAGAACAGUGUCCUCAUAAGCAAGGCACCUGGCCUCGCAAGACAUUAUCUCGCAAGGCCAGGCGCCUUGAUGUUGAAAAACACCCGACGUCUCUGGGCGACGCCAUAUUAGAUGCCAUGUUUCCUUCUAUGGGAGCCCAUUUGGACAAAAUGCAUUUACUUAUUUGUAACAAACGGUUUCAAAACUUUCGUCAUUGUUAAACGUUGUUGUUUUACACAUUUACCUCUUCACUUGAUGCCAGUGAUGAAAAGGAGUCUGAUGGGCUCGACACACGGGAGGCUGCAUCGCCUCUCCUCCAGUCAUUUUCAAUGAGACAUGCGCGACAAAGCAAUAAUCGCGGGUCUCCCUCCUACUAAGCGAUACGCGAAAAACGUGCGUGUGAAAUUUUGCGCUCGUGCACGUGUCGUGCACAGGCGACCCAGCGACGCGAUCCCAGAAAGUUGAAAUGUUUUCAACUUUUCAUCGCUGUCGCUCGGACGAGGACCAAUCAACGGAGGUUUCAUUCACUGACCAAUGAGCAGACUGGAUGCUCUUUACAUCUCCGAGCAAACAUGAAGAAGAAGUUGAUUAUUAUUAUGUUUUAUAUAGUAAAAUCAGAAGUAAGACUUCACAUAACUCUAGCAGCACCUUGUGAAACAUCAUAUCUACCACUUUUUUUAACUCUGAACCGCUUAAAUAACCUUAAUUCCCUCCAACCUGACACAGCCAAACAAAACAACGGAAGUUUCGAUUUCGCCAUGGAACAGAACGCGUAGACGGCUUUGCCGCUGGCCGCGGAUCGCCUCCCGUGUGUCAGGUAAUAAAAGCGACAGCGAUGAAUUUCGCUGAUUACGGUCGUUUGUCGCCUCCAGUGUGUCGAGUCCCUGAUGUGUUUGUUAUUUUGCUAAAUUUUGCACUCCCCAGGGUUUUUUGACUCUAAUGGGCAUCUGUUGGUAAGGUCUUACGCCAACCCAAAAAUGCUGCUUGCUUGCAACGAUUUAGGUAUCUGCUGCUCCCUAACGCCAGAAAAAAUACACACCGUCUCUUUAAGAGACAUGGAAGACAUGGGAAUCAUAGAUGGAGUGUUGGAGAGAGUGGAAAAUAUUCCGGUACGUAGAUUUGUGCUUUGGGGUGUGUGCGUUCACUUCAGUAAAUCUAUAGAUCAAAUACCUGGUUUACGUUUUAGGUGAAACCACUGAAAAAACAAAACAAAACACGUAGUUCUGAUUUAAAAUAAAGAAAACUUGAACAAUUAUGUGUCUUCACUCUGAUGAAGACUAGGGUUGUCGUGGUAUGAAAAUUUAGCUUCACGGUUAUUGGGACCAAAAUUAUCACGGUUUUCGGUAUUAUCGUGGUAUUUUUUUAAACGUGUUACAUUUUCAGACAACUAAAUAAACCCUGUACAUCAGGAAAAUAUUGUCCUCCGUUUGUGUCUAAAUUUAGCCUAAAAUGUGUUAUUUUGUAAUUAUGUUGUUUAUUUGUUUACAUUUUUCCCCUUUAGUCUUUAAAAUACCAAUAUUUGCCCAUAACUUCUUAAUUUUUGUCUGUUUGAUGUCAUCAUUUAAAAAUAUUAGAUCAGAUGAUACUCAGUACUCCAGUAGCCUUCUAAUCAGAUACUUUUUUUUACCCUUACUUGAGUAAUAAACCCUAUAUCAGGAAAAUAUUGUCCUCGGUUUGUGUCCUUCCAGCGAGCUUUGCAGAUUUGGGAAGAUGUCAUCAGGCAGUAAUCAUUGUUAAAUUCAUAAUUAUUCUCGCAGAGAGACCAACUCUUAUCUGCCCCUGGGAGCCCCGUAAUGCAUAGCGUCAUUUCAACAUGGCGGUGUCCGAGACACGGUUUAUAUGCAGGUAGCGGCGCUGCGGCUGCUUUAUAUAGCCACUCGUUGCAUUCUUCCUCAACCCAAAUCCUCGGAUCACGCAUUUUAGCUAAAACGCUAACGUUAGCUUGCCUUGCGUUGACUGUAGAGUUGUGGGUGAUGGUCACGCAGAUGUGUCAUGAGAUUUGAAGCGUUGCUGCCUUUCACAGACACUUUCUGCACGUGCUGCAAACAGGAUAGUCGUCUUCUAUAAACUCCCUCGGCAUUCUUCAAAUAUCUGUAAGAUGCUCGUACUUCCCACUUUGUCUUCUUUGAGGGAUUAUAAAUGUCCUCCUGAGCGCUGCCGUCUCCUCCUUUGACCAUUAUUUCAGCUUUAGCUUCAAGAAAGUUUUGGUUGUAAACAACAAAGCGCGCAUGUGCCGCAACUUCAGCAGAUGAUACGGUGGCUGGUAAGGGUCACCGCGCCUACACCGCAGCCACGGUAAUCCACCGAGAUAAUAUAGUUUUUUAAAAACAAGACGGUUAUUAUUAAUCUCAACUUUUUUACUGGGGUUUAACGCUACACCGGUUACCGUGACGACCCUAAUGAAGACACAUACGGUGUUGAAACGUUACCUUCUUUUCCUUGCACACACAAAACCCUUUGGACUCACCUGAGUACUCUAGCCUUCGUGCUUUUAAUUAAUAUUAAUAACUUCAACUUUUAUUGAUCCCCUUGGGGGAAAUGAUUUGUCUGCAUUCGAUCCAGCUCAGUGUCUUUGUGGUAUGAGUGUCCAAGCUGAGACUGGGAGAUCGUGUGUUCAAAUCUACAGUUGGGUCAUACCAAAGACCCUAAAAUGGGACCCAAUGCCUCCCUGCUUCGCACUCCGCAUUAAAGGGAUUUAUCUGGGGUUAAACCACCAAAUAGUUCCUGAGUGCGACCGUGUCUGCAGCUCAGCGCUCCUCCAGGGGAUGGGCCAAAUGCGGAGAACAUAUUUCACCUGUGUGUGACCCUGAUGACUAGCGGGACUUUAACUUUGACUUUAACUUCAUCUCUGAGAUUAGAUUAGAUUAGAUAUCCUUUACUGUCAUUAAAUGAUUGCACAUUCAACGAAAUUUCCUAGAGCUCCACAUUAGGCAUCCGCUAAAAAUACUAAGAAAAAUAGCUAAAACAAGUACAAUAUGCACCAUGCAUAGAAGUGGGCUGCCGUUUAUAUGACACAUGGAGGACAACUUCAAGGUUCAGCACUGCCCAAAGACACUUGGACACGUGGUCUAGAGGUCUGGGAUCAAACCACACACCUUCUGAUCAGUGGUCAACUGAUCUCCCCGCCUGCAGUAGCCCAUGUUUGUUUUACGUAGAAAUCUGGUUUGUUAUAGAAGAUGUUUUCCCUUUUCACCUGGGAUGAAUGUUAUUUUGAGUGAUCUUUCUUUCUUUCUUUCUUUCUUUCUUUCUUUCUUUCUUUCUUUCUUUCUUUCUUUUGCAGUUACCUGAAGCGUUUCAAGGUCAUGAAAAUCAAGGUCCUGCGUUCGUGGUGCCGGCAGAUCCUUAAAGGCCUUCACUUCUUACACACCAGGGCGCCACCCAUUAUUCACAGAGACCUGAAAUGUGACAACAUCUUCAUCACGGGGCCCACCGGCUCAGUGAAGAUAGGAGAUCUGGGCUUGGCCACGCUGAAGAGGGCCUCGUUUGCCAAAAGUGUCAUAGGCACCCCUGAGUUUAUGGCUCCAGAGAUGUAUGAGGAGAAGUACGACGAGUUGGUAGAUGUCUAUGCUUUUGGGAUGUGCAUGCUGGAGAUGGCUACCUCUGAGUAUCCCUACUCGGAAUGUCAAAACGCCGCCCAGAUCUACAGACGAGUCACGAGUGGAGUAAAGCCAGCCAGUUUUGACAAGGUGGCCAUUCCUGAGGUGAAGGAAAUUAUAGAGGGCUGCAUCAGAACAAACAAAGAUGAGAGGUAUGCCAUCAAGACUCUGCUGAACCACGCAUUCUUCCAGGAAGAGACGGGGGUCAGGGUGGAACUUGCAGAGGAGGACGAUGGGGAAAUGAUCGCUAUCAAACUGUGGCUCAGAAUAGAAGAUGUGAAGAAGCUGAAAGGUAAAUAUAAAGACAACGAAGCCAUCGAGUUCUCCUUUGACCUCAACAAGGACGUUCCUGAAGAUGUGGCGCAGGAAAUGGUGGAGUCUGGCUAUGUUGCUGAAGCGGACCACAAGACCAUGGCCAAGGCCAUCAAGGACCGCGUGUCUCUGAUCCUAAAGAAGAGAGAGCAGAGGCAGCUGGUGCGGGAGGAGCAGGAGAAACGGAAACUAGAGGCAGAACAGAAGCAGAAACAAGAGACAUUCAAAGCUUCUCAGUCUCAGUCAAAAGCAGAGGAGCCGGAGCCGGAGCAGCACCUGAUCCACCACCAGCAGACCAGCGUUUCUCACACAUCUGAAGGGGGCGUGGACAGCGGACAGGGCUCCUUGGUUUUCUCCUCGGACUCCCCCCACCUGGGUCAGCUGACCAUGUCUUACAGCUGUCCCCCCUCCUCCCAGCCCCCUUCCCAACCCCAGACCCCUUAUCCCCCAACUCCCGCUUCUGCGUCGCAGCAACACCCAGGGUUUUCCCAGCCGCCGCCGCAGCCGAUGCAGCAUUCAGUGCCACACCCCUUCAGUGGAGGAGCAAGCUCAGGUGGAGGAGGCACAGGAGGGAGCAUCCCUCACCCAACCCAUCCAGAACCUCCAACUAUUUUCUUCCCUCCCAUUCCUGAGCGCCCCAUUUCCUUCUCGCCUCCUCCCACUGGGCCUCCAAAGGGCUACAACACCCAGAGACGCAAGAGCACCUCCAUUCUCGAAGCGCAUACCCGACACUUCCAGCCUGCCUACCCUCGCUACGGGAGCAACCUUCACCCCUUGGCGGGGAUGGACUGUGCUGAGACUCCUCCUCUCUUUAUGCUCAACCCCAGCUUUGCAGCAGCAGCUCAGAGACUCGGCGCUGGGGAACCUCUGCAUCUACCAGGACAGUCUGAUCCAAGUCUGUAUGGGUAUAAAGACAUGAGGGCUGAACACGAGGAGGCAGUUAGGCGAUUAAGUCUGAAUCAAGCUGCCUUAUUGGACCAUUAUGAAGCGAUGGCGUAUGGAGGAUAUCCCAUGACUGCUCAUCAGCUUGGCCAGUUGAGUUUCCACCAUCAGAGGCAGGCAGCAGCAGCUGCUGGUUUGGGCUUUGACUCUGGUCCUCCUCCUCAACCAGGAUUCUUGCACCCCCACAUUCUGCAAAGAAUGAGCGCACACAGUCCAAUACCUCCAUCCUUCACACCCAUGACUGCAGCAACAGGUGGCUCUGUUUCAUCAUCAUCUGAAGGAUGCUACCCACCACAGCAUGCUUCCUCCUCUUCCUUCCCCAUUUCUGCACCUCCAGUUAUAGCGGAUGCUCCUCCACCUACUGGAAGUGUCUUUGAGUUCCAUCUAGCUGCUGCAGCUGCAGCCGCCGCUGGGGACCCUAGCCUCCUGGCAUCCAGACUUUACCGAGCCAGAAGGAGCUCCAUGGACCUCCCCCUGGAGGACAGCUCUGGGACAGGGUCUGGUGGUUCCGGAUCAUACAGUCGUCUCCAGCCAGUGACAGAGGAGCUGUACGCAUAUGUUAGUCCAGAGCUCCCAUUACCACCUGGAAACCUUCUUCUUCACCACGCUGUUGGAACCUUGAAGGACAAAAGUCCCGAACCAUCAAGUGACUCUCUGGCUUCCUCUGAUGCCGGAGAGUUCCAGUCACCCCCUCCUCCACCUCUUCCCCCUCCUUUUGACUCCUCAGCAGCUCAGUCCAUCCCUCGCUCUUCAUCCACUUCACAUUAUGAUUCGUCAGGCGGAGUACUUCAUGGGGAUCCCCAGGGACAUCCGCUGUCGGUGCAGCACUUUUUUCCCCCCACCCCGUCGUCCGAGCUCCCACUUGGGAGCGCUACAUCGACUCAGCUGGAGUCUCUGAUGCGGAGUGCCUGGCCUCGGCACGGAGGGGUGAUACCAGCCCAACCUGACAUGACGUACCAUGAGUCAUUGCUGGCCAUGCAGGCUGCUAACCCCCCUCUGCAGCCGGUCCAGGUCCAGGUCCAGGUCCCCACCCCACAGCCUGGCCCCAGACCCCCUCUGGUCCCAGUCACGACCCAGUCUGAUCUCCCUGGGACAUCACAGCAGGUUGUGUCAUCUAGUCAGAGUGGUACAUCUCUGCAGAGCCCCACACACACCCCUCUCCCACAGGCAACCGCACAGCCCAGUUUAACCCCAACGACCUCUACCAUUCCCCUGGUGACCCUCCCUUCUCCAUUGCCUGUUCCCAUGGCCGUACCGAAAGCCGUCGUGGCCUCCCCUCCCUCUACUCUGCCAGUCCCUGUUGGGGUGGUACCUUCAGUUGUUUCCUCUCCUCUUCCUCCUCUUGUACCCACACCUGUACCUCAGCCUUUGGCCACUGUGGUGCCAGUCAUCAAUGUGGUCUCCGCCCCACCUGAUACUCCCAUGGAAGCCCUUCCCAAGUCAGCCUCUCAGUCUGCAGAGCUGUCGCAGGGCCAGCUACAGCCGCCUCAGGUUCUCUCAUCCAUAGAAAGCGGCCACUCCGAGACAUCGGGCCUGAGUGACGGCAACGAGGGAGGAGGCGGCCGUCACGAAGGGCGCUCCACCAAACGACAUCAGAGGCGUUCUGUGAGAAGUCGAUCGCGCCAUGAGAAGACAUCAAAGGCCAAACUCCACGUCCUCAGUAUCUCCAACCGAGGCGACAGGGUAGCAGAGUGUCAGCUGGAGACGCACAACAGGAAGAUGGUAACGUUUAGAUUUGAUCUGGAUGGAGACAACCCUGAGGAGAUUGCACAGAUCAUGGUGGAGAGUGAGUUUAUUCUGGAGAGUGAGCGGGAGUCCUUCAUUGAGCAGGUCAGAGAAGUAAUCAAGAAUGCUGAUGAGAAGGGUUUGGAAAGAGAUGCUAAUAGUCAGAUGGUGGGCAGCUCAGAGCAGCACAUUCCUGUGAUGUCUACCCCAAUGCCCGACAUCCCUCCCAGUGCAACAGCACAAGUGGUUCAUUCAGCUGGUCGCAGAUUCAUUGUUAGUCCCGUACCUGAAGACAGGCUGAAGGAACAAACGAUUCCACCCUCACUUUCUCUUGCAUCUCAUGUUGAAGCAGUUCGUCCAGCUCAGCCUCAGACUUCAGACCAGGUGUUGGGGCUGUCCCAGUCUGCAGGAACAAUCACCUUACAGCAAGCCUUCUCUGAGCUCAGACAGAACAAAAAUCAGUUUGACGCGGGUCCCAGCACGGCUCCAGCCUCCAUCCACUCCACCCUUCCUCCCUUCCACCCUGCAGCAGCAGCAGCAGUCCCCUCUCUUAGCAGCACAGUGACUCCCACUGUGGAUGCAGCUGAUGGGAUUUUAAAUUUAAGUCAGACCAAGGAGCAGAUCCUGGAAACCUCUCCUCCACCCUUUUCCAUAUCCUCCGCCCCCUCCUCUGUCCCUCCUGUCUGUCUCACUCCACCUUUCUCCUCAUCUCCUCCCCCUACCUUGAUACACCAGACCACCUCUCAGUCGCAGGCUCUUUCCCAGCCGAUGAUGCAGGCCGUGUCCCAACCACCAGCACAGAUUCAGCCUCAGGCUUACACCCAGUCUCAAACACUUCCUGCUGUCACCGCCACAUCAGUACCUUCAACUUUACCAACAGCCAACAUCGCUAGCAUUCCCCCGACAGCUCUCACCUCUCCUCCCCCCAGCCAACCUCCUCCCGUCGUAUCCUCACCUCCUUCUUCCAUCCUUUCAGCCGGUGAAGUCUCGUCAGAUCACCCCUCAGCCUCUCCGACUUCCUCCCUGAUAUUUUCCCUCUCCCCCCCUCCCGUUAUUCCCACCACCGCCAUCCCUGGUCCCCAGUUUACACCCUCGACCCCUUCCCAAACCACUCCUCUUCCCUGCCCUCCCACCUUUGUGGGGCUCCAGCCGGUGACCUCAAAUGUUCCUCUGGUCCAACCGACUUCGGUCCACUCCCAGCCACAGACAGCAGCCCUGCCGGGACAGACACACCAGACACACUGUGUAGACUGUGACACAAGGAGCGACGCCUCCGAGUCCAUAAUCAAACCGGAUGACAUUCAGGCUCUGGAUAAGAAGCUGCGCUCUCUCUUCAUGGAUCUUGGUGUAGGGGUGCCAUCCACCCAGGGAGACAUUCCAGCUGCCGAUCUGGUCUCUGGAGCUCCUGUGACGGGUCCCACGUCCCCCAUAGGCACCUGCUCUGCCUCCAUCACGGCCGUCACAACUCCCGGUCCUCAGCCCCCCUCCAGCCUGACGCUGGGGUCAGCUGCACCAAUUCAGGGUCCUGGGAUGCCGAUAUCCACCCCUGCACAACCCAUUAUCCCGGCCUCGCCUUUGGUUCAAACGACUCCAUCAAAAACUCCCUUAUCCAGGACAUCAGCCUCUUCUCCUCCUUCAGAACUCCUGACAUCUUUUCCUGGAGCUUCUCUAACACAGUCCCAGCAGCCUCUGGAGGACCUGGAUGCCCAGCUGAGGAGAGCUCUGAGCCCAGAAACUGUCCCUGCACCUCUCAGCAGCAUACCUGCUGUAGGACAGACAGAAGAAGACAAACUAUCUCCCACUGUUCCUCCUCCCGCCUGUGGAAUUAAAUUAGGAAGGUUUCAGGUCUCGUUAGCUACUGAGGAGCCUGCCGUCCUCCGCCCAUCCCGCACUGAAUCGUCGUCCUCCACCUCCUCCUCCUCCAGCCUUUCCAGCCCGGAGAACACUUUGCACAAAGACUCCUCGUCUCCUCUGAGAGGGGGAGGAGAUCAAGAUGUUGUGGAUGGACUCUCACAAAAAACUCCAACAAAAUCCCAACAUGCCUCCCCCAAACCCACCACCACCAUUGGUCGUUUUCAGGUCACCACCAACCCCGAGUCUCGCGUUGGAAGGUUCUCGGUAAGUCUCGCCCCGGAGAGUCUCGACCCGAAUCCUCCUCCCGCCGUCCAGAUCGUUAACGGACCCAGCGGCCUCGGCCAAGUUGUGUCACCCGACUCGACCCAGAAGGCCUCUCUGCCAAGUCUGAACAACAACUCCUUCAAUAACUCCUACGUCAGCAGUGACAACGACUCGGAGUUUGAAGAUGACGAGGACUUCAAACAGGAAGUCAGUCGCCUCAGAGAAAAGCACAUGCGUGAAAUUCAGGCCCUUCAUACCCGCCAGAAAGAGGAAAUAGAUCAUCUGUUUACACGGCUGGGAAAGGCUCCUCCAGCAGCAGCGCUCCCUUCACUCAUCCCGCUGGCCGGCAGGAGGCGCAGACCGACCAAAAGCAAGUCUUCAAAAUCGUCCAAAGCCAGCUCCGUGCACGGCAGCAAGAGUCCGUUACAGCCAGGCAGUACUUUAUCCGCCCAGAGCGUCCCAGUCGUGUACCCCGGCCAGCUGCUUCCGCUGGCCCCCGGAGGUCUAGCUGAUUCAGGCAGCAGCACCGUGCUCCAGCCCUUCAAACCCUCUCCGUCCGGUGACAACCUGUGUUCGGCCUACACCAGCGAGGCGGCCCUGUCUGUACCCAGCCUGUACGCUCAGACCCCAGGCUGUGUAAAGUUCAGCUGGGGUUCCGAGCGUUUGGCCUUCAAGCCUGGCGGCAGGAGGACGCGCUUUCUGAGUACGCCCUGCUUGGCUCUUUGGAAGAUGGUGAAAAAAGUCUGCCCCUGCAACCAGCUUUGUAGGACAAACAGCACCAACGCGGUGAGCGGAUCAGGUGGUCUGGAUCACAGCCAGGGGGGCUCUCAGUGUCUGGCGCCUAACUUGCCAGCCCCCCACCAGAGGAAGGGGACCUUCACUGACGACCUCCAUAAACUGGUGGAUAACUGGGCCAGAGACGCCAUGAGCCUGUCCCAGGGUAAAAGGAGCGCCAAACAGCAGCAACAGGUGCAGACACAAGGACACAGCUAUGAGGUCACCCAGUCUGCCAUUCUGGGCAGGAAGUUCUCGGCCCCCAGCCACCUCUGUCCCAGCAGCAUGGGAGGAUCCACCCAUCUCCCUGCAAACCCCACCAGCGUCUCCUCCCUGGCUGCCCGCAAGAGCUCCCUGUGCCAUCCUCCUGUCUCCUCCACUCCACCCCAACUCCAACCCGCCCAGUUUAUCUCCUACCCGCCCUCCGCUGCCUACACUGCACAGUGGUGUGGUCCAGCUCACAGCAUGUCCGCCCCACAGCAGACAGCGGCACAGCCUCUGCUGGUCAGCACCUCCCAGCCUCUGGGUCCUUACCCUACGUCACAGGGACAAAUACCAGGACAGGGUCCUCUCCAGGCGUUCCACCUUCCCAACACUCUGCAGAAGUCUGUGAGCAACCCGGGAGGGCCCAACGUGAGGACCACAUAGGGCUUGGUCUGAGGGCUGCUGUAGAUGGCAGCCCGGCUGGACAGAUGUGAGGUGGAAAGUUCUGAAACUGGAGGAGGAAACGGACAAAUUAAAUGCACUGGAGGGGAGAAAUCCGGAGAAAUGAAUGAAUCUGGUCACAUUUACCUCCCUUUUCUUUUCACACAGUCCUGCUCUGGCCGGGUGGCAGCCAACCAAAGGAUCAAAGCAAAAGUGUCUCGAUGCAGUGUUCAAAGGAAAAAAGGUUCUGGCACAGAGCGGGCCGACGGUGUGUUUGUUUAGGCUUUUAUGUCUGGGUCGCACUUGUUCCUGGUCAUGUCUGAUGUGAUGAGUCAGCAUACGUCAUGCUAGUUGGAGUCAGGGCUUACAGAAGUUACCGUAUCGAUCCGGCCCACAUUUAGAGGAGCCAGGGAGGAUUGCUGCUUUUUCAUCAGGAAGCUGAUGUGAGUGGAGAGAGCUGGAUCACAUAUCAAAGAGGCUCCAGUUGGGAGAGCUUUUGACAGCAGAUGAGUGCAGAAUAAACAUAUCCUCAUGAUUAAAAGCACAAAACGCACCAAGAUCUUCUCAAACAAAAGCAUAAGGAGACCGCACGUAACCCAGCACUUUGUCUCAGUAAAGAACGGGUGGAGACAGACCGAUCGGAUCAAACCUCGUGUGUUUCACUCUCUCUCUCGCUCUCUCUCUCUCUCUGAUCGCUCGCUUCACCACCACAACUACACCUCCUCCUCCGUCCCUCAUCACCUCUCAACAUUUGAAGCAAUAACAGCGUUGACCUUUGAAAAGAAAAACCCAGACAUGAGAGACCUCGGUGUAAAAAACAUAAAAGAAGAAGUGGCCUUGUUAUCAGAAUAAUAUCAGAGUCCUUGUACAGUUUGUGUCUGUUUAUUUUUUCAAAUGUCAGUUCUGAUGAUUCCAUUUUGUUGUUUACUCUGCUUUUGUUGGGUUUGUUUUGCUCGCUGCCCUCAGCUAGCAACCUCUAACACACACACACACACACACACACACACGGUAGGAGGCGAAGCAGCAGGUGGAGUAACUCAAGCAGCGCCUGGUUUCUUACUGUUACUAGUUUCAACGUUUGGGUUGAAAUCAUGUACAUUAAUAUUGUUAAUGAUUAUUGUUCUAUUUAAAAGAAACGGAAACAAAAGCCGCGUUCUGUCAACGGACCUGUUAAAUGUGCACAUCGCUGUACGAUGUGGAGACACUGUGAUUAUUAUUAUUAGCUUAAUGUUGUUGGACAACAUCAGUUUUAGGGUGUUGUGUCACAAAAAUGAAAGCAUUCAGUUUCGGGGUCCCUUUUAACUUUCAGUUCAGUGGCUUUUCCAAAUGAAAAUGUGAAAGCUGACUUCCUGUGUUCUCGGUAAUCGCCCUCUCGUCCACGUAUGACCAACACAAAGCCUUAGCAGCAGCCACCGCCCUCUGAACUGGUGGGACUGGAAGUGGACAGGGACCCCACACCGGCGUGAAUGGCAGGAUCGCUGACAUUUAGAUGAUGAAAUAAUGCUAGCUAUGUUUUCCUUUUUAAUACAGUACUUGUAUAUCAGACACUUUAAACCCUCCCGCUCCCUUUCUGUCCUGUUUUUGUUGGAUGAAUGUGAAUGUAUAAACCAGUGGUGUCCGUUAUAACGUACUUGAAACAAAAAGGUUUUAUUUUCUCACGCUCUCUCGUUUCUUGCCCUCUUUUUAGAGCCUCUGGUGAAAACGGAGGAACUUACAGUGCCUUGCAUCCUUCCUGUUGCUUGGAUUGAAGUUUGCCGAAUGUGUCGGGAUUUGUUUUCCUCAUUUUUUUACAACAGACUGGUUUGUUGGUUUGGAAUCGGUGGGGAUGAUUGGUAAGCUGCAGGAGCUUUGGCGUGUUUGAUGUUUCUGAUGGUCACCAAAUCCACCCUCACUCCGCUGCCGUUCAAACCAAGAUGGCUGCUUGUUGUUGGCGUUUUGUGGCGCUGCCUCGGUCAUUAGAGCGUGGAGUUUGAAGCUUGGACCACUCUGUACUUACCAGGCCUGCGCCUGCAGGUGCAGCAUGCGUUUUCUUACAUUUUCAAGAUGAAUGCAAACUUUUUUUUUUUACCAACUUUUUCCGUCUGGUGUGUGUUUGACUCAAAGCAAGUCAUUUUAAUCUUCUAAAUCAAAAAUUCGAACUUAAACUGUUCUGAUGUGUCUUUGGUUUUGUAAAGAUCCAGGAAGUCUGUAAAAUUAGUGGUUGAGUGCACAAUUUUUGUUCAGUAAAAAAGUGAACAUAAAUCUUAAAUAAGCCACUCCGUUUUAUAAUGGGAAUACAAACUAUUUAAGCACACUUUAUACACAGAAAUGGUUUAAAAUCUGUCUGAUAAUACUGCUUUCAUUAAAAAAAAUAAUAUCGAGUCAACUAUUGGGUCUGCCAGCUGUUUGUGAAUGUUUUUAUCCCACUCAUGAAUAUAUAUUUUAAAUGACAGCAUUGGGAGAUUUUAGUCACAAUAAUGACUAAAACUUAAAUGGAUAUGUGAAAGUGACGGGGUGGUGCUGUUGGUGGUAGGACAUGUUGUAACUGGUGGUUUACUGGGGUUACUGGUGGUGAAAGGGGAGGAAAUAAGUGAAUUUAGACCCCUUAUAGACUUAUAUUGUUUUUUUUACAGAGUUGAUUUACUUUAAUGGUUUUUUCAUCAUAAUCAUUUAGAAAAAUUGUCAGAACUCAGUUUGACAUACUUUGUUGUUCUUUCUUACAAACAACAUUUUUACUACUGGACAGGUUUGGUUGAAGCUGUGAAUAAUUAUUGAGCCACUUUGAGUUUAGCUCUGAGUUUCAGUAUUUCUCCUAAACGAUUCCAACAUACUGCCAUUUUUCUUCUUAAAGGAAAAGUGUUGAAAUAAACUUUAUUGACCUGAUUUAUUCAACAAAGCUGCUUUAGUUGCCACAUUUAGAUUCUCACAGACCGCUUUAGGUGUGUCUCCACUUGAUGACAUCAGCGAGAGAAAUCUCUGUGCAAUAAUUGCAAUGCAGUCAUUUUAAAGCGACCAUAAAUGAGAUCCCUGCUCAUGGUUCGGCGUUUGGCCCUAAUCUGUGGAGUUUAUUCUAGAAAACUACCAGUAGGUGGAGUUCUCGUUCAGUUUUAGAGGUUCACUUUAGGACUCAUUUAAAUAAAGCCUUUUGAUGCACCGAUAGGUUUUCACAAGCACACGUUAUUGUACAGGAACCGAUUACGUGUGUCUUGUUUAUUUUUGUUUGUUUGUUUCUCCCUCCUGUGGAAUGUUUAAUCCUCCAUCAGCUUCACCAGGCCUUUCUGAUGUUUUAUUACUCAUUUUAAAUCUCACUUGUUUUAUGCGCCGUUUAAAAAGCCUCUAAAAAAGUAGGAUUUAGUUGUUUUCUUUGGAUCGUGUUGAACGUUGUAGAAAAACCUUUGCAUGAAUGAGAGAAAACAACAAAAUGACAUUUGGAGUCACUGGCAGCCUUUGACGGUAUGUUUUGCACUAAGUGUAGAGUGUUCAAGCUUCAUGCUAAACAACAACAUUGCGCUACAAUACGAUGACAUUUGUUUCUUUAUUUGUUCAAAUAAAAUAAAAGAAUCUGAGAUGAGA